UAUUUACGUUUAUUCUAUUAAAUGUGAAACCAUCGCCCACGGUCUGAUCGAAGGGUAACAAUCUAAGAGUGAAUCAUCUUUAUAAAACAGCUACUCCGCUAAAAAAUCGAGAUUCUUUCAACCUGAUUUCAGUCAGAUGUAGAACAAAGAAGCAAAUGAUGUCUGCAACCCCCUCUGAAGAGAAAGGCAGUGGGAAGAUCUGUGUAUUCUGUGACAGGGCAGACAACAAUGAGGCUGUCUAUGGGAAACUGCUCUCCAAACUGGGCCUUACGGCUCACUACUUUUGCAUGCUGUUUGCCAGUGGACUGAGUCAGAAAGGAAGCUCAGAGAAGGAGGGUAUUUUGGGAUUUUUGCCAGAUGAUAUUCGGAAGGAACUACGGAGGGCUAGCAGACUGAAAUGCAGUUUCUGCAAGAAGGGAGGAGCUACCAUCGGCUGUGUGGUCCGUAACUGCAAGAAGAUGUUUCACCUGGGAUGUGGGCGGGAGAAUCACACGCUCCACCAGUUCUUUGACACAUUCAGGUCGUACUGUAGUUGUCACAGGCCAACCCAGGCCGUACCCAGCGACCCUGACCCCAGCCUGGUGUGCUCCAUCUGUAUGAACACCGUGCAGGGGCAGGUAAGCGUGGACACACUGAGAGCCCCCUGCUGCCGAAAGUACUGGUACCAUCGGGACUGCAUACAGAGGUAUGCAUCAUCUGCUGGCCUGUAUUUCUUCAAGUGCCCUCUAUGUAACAACAAGGAAGAGUUUCAAAAUGAGAUGCUGCAGUAUGGCAUUUAUAUACCUGAUCAAGAUGCAUCUUGGGAGACGGAGCCCCAUGCUUUCGAGGAACUGCUGGAGCGAUAUGAUCAGUGUGACGCAAAGACAUGCAAAUGUGCUGAGGGUCGUAAACAUGAUGUAGACAACACGAAAUGGGAGAUAAUCCUGUGUGACUUCUGUGGCUCAUCUGGCAGCCAUGUUGCCUGUGGCCACCUGGUCAAGCUGGGAAAGAGGAACGUCUGCCCUGAGUGCUUUGAGCUAGACAAAAAACUAAAAGUAAGUGAGCCAGCCUAUAAAACACCACCAAGGAAGGGUUCCCCUAAAAUGCCUGUGCUUGACCCUGUGACCUCCCCAGAGUCGCCCAAAGGAACCAGCCCCUACCCUGGACCCUCAGGCUCCCUCAAAAAGAAUAAGCUUGCAGGCAAAGUGAAGUCCCCAGCUGCAUUAUCACCGGUACCCAAGACAAGCCCAGUAUGUCAGUCUGCUAAGCAGCCCAAACGAAGGUACAGGAAACGGUGUGCAAGUCCUGCCUUUACAAGUCCACCCAAGCUGAAGAAGGUAUGUACUGGGACUGGGAAAGCUGGGGAAACUGAUGCCGCGGGUGGGGAUAUCAAUGUGACCAGUAGUACAGCUGAGCAGUCGUCUAGUCCUUCAUCCAGCGAAGGUGAGAUUCCACUGGCAUGGAUGAAAAUUGAGGAGGAACGUAAACAGAAUAAAAUGAAAAAAAGGAAGUACAAAACUAAAUGGUCAAAAACGAAGAGUGUUAAAUCUGUUACAAAUGGCCAGGGUUUGGAGGCACCUGCUCUUAAUGCAGAUUCUACUGCUAACAGUUACAUGGCAGAAGCAGAAACAUCCACUCAAUUAGCACUGGAAGCUAAAAUAUCACAGAAAGACUCGACCCCCGGAAACGGAAUUCUAAGUUCAACAAAGCAAAAAAGAAAACAAAUGUCUUUAGGUGCCCCUUUAGUUGUAUCUGACAAAAUGUUUCGACCAGGGCCUGCUUCAAAGACUAAGAGAAAAUCCCUUGAUGAAGAUAAGAAACAAACUCUUUUAACCAAUUGGUUCACUAAGGUCCAGCAAAAAAAUAAGGAAACACCACCAAAAACAAGAGCUGGUGUUGUAAAACUUAAACCUAAUGAGCUUAAGCCAACAAAACCAGUGCUCAUCGAAUGGAAAGGGAAACAGUUGGUAAUCCUCUCUCCGAAAGUAUUGUUGAAGCGAAAUGAAAUAUUCGACAAAUUUAAGCCGAGAAAUCUUGACAUAGAUAUGAAUGAUCGCAAGGGCUGUAUUGAUUCCAAUAAGGAAAUCAGCAUGUUAGCCUGUCUGGAAUCUGAUGUUCGGUUGACAAGAAAGAGGCUUGAUUUGGGACUUCAAGAAAGUGGUGACUGGACUGAAAUUGAAAUACCAAUCUUGUCAAAACCAAAAAGUCUUGAAAUGGACAAAACUGGAAGUAAAGGUCUGUUUGAAAAGGAGGUGGAACUGUUAGCGUCACUUGACAUAGAAAAAAGAAUCACAAGAAAAAUGCUGGAUAGCGAAAUGCCUACCUUGACAGCUUUAUGUCAUGAUCAAAAAGAAAUGUCACCUCAGAAACCCAAACGAAAAAGAAAAAAGCACAAGGUUGUUAGCAAAGAACCAAGUUUAUUCCCGGAAAUGGAAAUUCUAAAUGAAGAUAAAAAUAGUGUUGAUAAUAAGUCAAUUGGUGCUUUAGAAAACAAGGCAGAGAAAGUGUUGGGCAAAAAUGUCGAUCUAGCUCAGAAAAAUAAUAGAUUGAUUGUUCCUGCUGAAACAGUUCACAAUGCGAAGGAACAAUUUCCUAAAUUAAAAAGUCUAGAGAAAGAUAAACUUAGCCUUAAUUGUGGUGCGGACAAUAAAAAAAAUGCUGGAUCCAAUUUUGCAAGAAAAGGUUUGGAUGGCUCUACUAAAACAUUGUCUUUGCCCCACACACCGCCAGCUAAGAAAUCAGAACAGUUUGUCUAUCCUGAUAGAAGCAAAUCUGAUUCUAAGAAAGAAGCCAUCUUGCUUAGUCAAAAUAUCUCAUUUGUAUUACCUAAAAGUUUCAGCUUCAUUCAUGAUUCACCCGCAAAAAAUCUCAGAAUGAGAAAGACACCAGAGGCCAUAGCACAGGAAUCAUCACUGGAGUUGUUCAACAAAACAGAGGUGAAGAUCAAGACAGAGACGACAGAAAUGGAGAUAAAGCUACCCAUUGACGCAAACAGAGGAAUACCAAACCUUUGUGUUGCUGAGCCUAUGGCACACAAGAACAAAUCACAGGAUAUUUCUGGCCGUGACUCUCCUUCUAAGAAUCUUCGCAAGAGGUCGCACAUUUCAUAUUCUGUUACUUCUCCCAGACUUACAAAGAGACAGGAAAACAUGUCUGGUUUGCCUGUAAAACGGAUGGAAAAUGAAGAUCAACAAAAAAGGACGGUGCAGUGGUAUUGUGAAGGAACCCGUCAGAUUGACACGGUGCACUUUGAGUCAGAGAAUGUCUGCCCAAAUAUCCAGCUGUCUAACCACCAAAAUGAAUUGCACAUGUUGAAAAUGCCUCUGGAAUCCUCAGAUCAGACAAAGAAAUGCAUCCCCUACAGUUCUGUCUCACUGAGCCCUGAUUCUGAAAAUGGAGACAAGAGCAGUGACUGCAAAACGGCCAUGAAUCUCAGUCCAUCAUAUUUCACAAAGUUUCGUGGAACAGACUCGAAAGCAUUGGACAAUUCAGGGACGAGCACAUCUUCUGAAGGGGAGGAGAUAGCUGGGAUAGAGAAUGUGCCAAAGGAAUUCUCUGCCAGGAGACACAUCAAGGCUCUGUCAGACUUGCACAAGAGUUAUAUGAACUCCUUGUCACCAGACCGAUUCAUUUUAGACUUUUAGCUCAAACGGACAGGUACCUUUUUCUUGAAAUAAUUUUACCCCCACAAACAAAGUCGGUCCUUAUUAAGUGUCCGCUCUCUAAUUCAAUUCAUUUUCAUCCGAUUUUCACCAAACUUGUUCAGAUGUUGUAUCUAGAUGAUGUCUAGGUGAAGUUCGAAUAUGGGUCAUGCCGGGUCAAAAACUAGGUCACGGGGUCACUUGUGUUUUUAACAUUGAGCAUGGUGUCCGCUCUCUAAUUCAUGUAGUUUUCAUCCAUGUAAGUCAAGUUCGAACAUGGGCCAUGCCGGGUAAAAAAAACUAGGUCAUGGGGUCACUAAGUGCGUUUUAAACAUUGAGCAUGGUGUCUGCUGUUUUUUGUGAAGACAACAUGCAAAAUAUUCUGUGUCAAUGCGGCAUGUGGGGGUAUUCGUCAUGUCUGUGACAAAGCCCUAGUUUAUUCAAGAAUGGUAACUUUAACUUGGAAAUCAUAUAAAUUUAUUUGAACAAAUAUGCCAGAUUUUUUAAGUUUUCAAUUAGACAUAAUUCAUACAGAUAUUAUUUGGUAUAAAAGAUCUGUAGGAGAAGGUGGAUCAGUUCAAUAUUUGUAUUGUGCCUGUUAGUGAGUUUAUUUACAUAACCAAUAACAUGAGCGAAGAUGGAUUCAUUUUCAUUGACAUGAUAUUUCUUUGAUAUGUAAACUUGGUGAUAUUGGUUUGAUCUUAAAUUCUUCUCAUAUUGACACAUUCCUAGUUUUGUUGGGCACUGUGUCUCUUGAGUAUUACAAUGUUUUUAGUAACUUUUUGUCAGGUUUGUCUCACUCCGGGAUAGGUUUUGCAUAGGUCUGAGUUUGUAAUGCGCUUUUCAAACAAAGCUAUGGAAAGUUUUGAUAUUAAAUAUAAUUUGCUUCCAGAUAAUGUAUAUUCUGAUAUGAGGCUGUUUAGUCAAUUUUACUUCAGACCUUUUAUCAUGAAAAUCGUAUACAUAUUACCUAUGUUAGACUAUUAUGUUAGAAUUUUCAUACUCUUAUGUUCAAUAGCAUGUUUUGCUUUCAAGAUUGUACUUCAACUGACCAUGAUGUGCUGGCGACAUGUUGUGCAUGUAGACAACUUUAAGCUUGUUACCUAUCUAAAGACAAUAGUUUUGGUGGAAUCUUAAUGGAAUUAGAAUAUUUAUGUUCAAAAAAACUAGGCAAGAUUCAAGGUCAAAGCUUGGGGAGACAAAACAUUAACCACUUAGGAGCCAACUAAAUGAUUCAAUCUUCAUGAAACUUGGUCAGAAUGGAUAUCUUACAUUAUUUUGCAGAGUUGUGAACAAAUUGGAUUAAAAACCAGGUCUGCAUGUCAAGUCUUGGAACAACGUUUCCACUAUAGACACAACAGUUUUGUCUUAAUAUUUAUGAAACCAGUUUUUGUCCCCUACCGGUGAAACUAGUGGGGACUUAUGGUUUGCGCUCCGUCCGUCAGUCAGUCAGUCUGUCUGUCACACUUUUCUGGAUUCUGCGAUAACUUUAAAAGUUCUUCAUAUUUUUUCAUGAAACUUAAAACAGGGAUAGAUGGCAAUAUGGAGAUAAUGCACAUUAUUUCAUUUUGUUCCUAUGUCAAGAAUUCUGGUUGCUAUGGCAACAAAUGUAUUUUUUUCAAAUCUUGCAAUUGUGGAGUUUCACCGGUAGGGGACAAUAUUGCUUGGCGAUCUCUUGUUUUAUCAAUGUCAAGACUUUUAAACCUGGUUACACGCUAAGAGCUCAAUUUUUAUGUCCUCCAGUCUUUACUGGGACAUACUGUAUUUGCUGUGUCUGUUUGUUGGUUUGUUUGUGUCAAACUUUAACAUUGGCCAUAACUUUUGCAAUAUUGAAGAUAGCACUUGAUAUUUGGCAUGCAUGUGUAUCUCAUGGAGCUGCACAUUUUAAGUGGUAAAAGGUCAAGUUCAUCCUAGUGUUUCACAAACACAUUUUAAAUUAUUUAUUAGAUGAAACUUAUAUAACGUAUAAAUCGUUAUUAUAUCAACAGGGAGACCUCAAAUAGUAUGUUAUGAUUACUCUGUUUAGUUCUUUAUUUUUAUAAUGAUUUUGCAUUAAUGUAUAUAAGUUUAAAAUAGUUUGCUAUUUUGCACCAUACCUGAAUGCAUAAUUAAAUACUAGUGUAUACAUUAUUGCACAUAGCGAUGUUAAUGACAUUUUAUGGCAUUUUAAUGUAAAUAAAUUCAUUUAUUUCAUAUAUAAGCUUUUUGACAACCAAAUCACAUGGGCAAACAUGUGAACGUCUCAUAUUUGGUAUAAAAGAGUGCUAAUGAAAUCUUCAAGUGAUGCACUUAUAUGUAUUAUGGUCAAUUCAUGGAAAGUGAUGCGCUUAAGGAAGGGUGUUAUGCACAUACCCAGUCUAUACUGGGGGACAUAUUGUUUUGGUCCUGUCUGUUGGUUUGUUGCUUUGUUGGUGUGUUUGCGGCACACUUUAACAUUUGCCAUAACUUUUGCAAUAUUGAAGAUAGCAACUUGAUAUUUGGCAUGCACGUGUAUCUCAUGGAGCUGCACAUUUUUGAGUGGUGAAAGGUCAAGGUCAAAUAUAUGGGGGGACAUAGUGUUUCACAAACACAUCUUGUUGGACAUUGUUUAAUAUAACAUGAACAGGCCAUUAAAAUCACCAUUAACAUUUUGUAAGUUUUAUUAAACCAAUAUUUCUUAUAAUUGUAUCAUGUUUUGUGUUCUAACUACAUGUGCUAGCGUUUUGAAGUCUUUGGUUGGGGCUUCAAGUUUGAUUCAAUUCUUUUAAUUGUAUGAUUUUCUGGUACCAAAUCAUAAAGUAAUUUUUAUUUCAACAGCAAGUUACAGUCAUGAAUUAUAAACUUGAACAUACUAUUAAAGCACCCAGUUUAUUUACCACUACAUGUCUGUAGUAUUUGAUUCCUAACCACUAAUGUUUUGUUAACUUAAUUGUGUAAACUAAUUGUAAUGUUGGAAAUUGAAACUAGCAUAACCGAUUGAGAUGCUGAAAUGUAAUGGACCAUAACUGUGUAGCAAUUGUACAAUAACCAGAAAUUUAGACUUGUAUUUCUGUUAAUCAAUUAUACGCAUAUAAGAUGUUGAUGGUUGAAGUAGAAAUGAUACAGUGUAUUGACUUUAUUUAAUAAAUUUUAUUAUUUGAAA